AUGGAUGCUCUCAAACUGCUAUCCCGCUCUACGGGCCUGAAGUCAAAAAUUUCGAGACCGUCGCCACAAAAUAUCCCUUCUGCAUCAGGACAAGCACCUAUUCAGGAUGCAACAGAGUCUGUCGCUGGUCGAAAACGGAAGAGGGAGCCGGGUCAAGCAGAUCGUGAUGGUACCCAUGCGACAACGUCUACACAGCUGCCCGAACAGGAAAUCCGCCAACUCCACAAGAAACACAAAAUCAAGAUCGUGGAUUUGAACCGGUUCCGCUCCUUGGGCAGGUCGUCGGAAUCAAGAAAGGCGCAAAAAGAACAGUCGCGCCUCUUUCCUCAGCCGCUUACGUCUUUUGACCAACUGCGUGCGACUUACGAAAUCAACGCGACUCUGGCACGAAACAUAUCAGACCAGGCAUAUUUUGAGCCGACCGAGGUUCAAAUCGCAACCCUGCCACUGCUAUUAAAGCGCUUGGAUGAACAACGAAAUGCCGAGCCUGAUCUCUUGACCAUCGCGCCAACAGGAAGCGGCAAAACGCUUGCUUUCCUCAUUCCAUUGAUCGAGAAGAUUUCGAGGGCUCAUCGACACUCGGGGCCCACUGUUGACAGACAUAUUCGUGCCAUCAUUCUGGCUCCUACAAAGGAAUUGGUCUUCCAGAUAGUCAAUGAGGGGAGGAAACUGACAACCAAGACGGGUGUGACUAUUACAGCAGCAAAGAAAGGAAUGAGACUAUUCGAAGGAGCAGCACCUUUACAUGCGGAGGACUCUGAAGAAGAGGCAGAGGCGGAUCAAAGUGAGGAUGAAAGCGGACCUGUCAUGCGCUCGGCUCUCGUCAAGACCGACAUUCUUGUCUCGACACCACUCAGCCUCGUACAUCUUCUUUGUCCAUCUUGGGAAGAAGACGGAGACUCAUCUCCGCAAUCUUUACCCGAAGUUGAAACCCUGAUAUUUGACGAGGCGGAUGUUCUUCUUGAUCCCCUCUUCCGAUCUCAAACGCUUGCUGUUUGGUCUGCAUGCGUUUCACCCAACUUGAGGGUGAGCAUGUGGUCGGCAACCAUUGGAGCUAGUAUCGAGGAGCUCGCAGUACAGACCAUUUCGGACCGCCAAAGAAUACUCGAACUGUCUGGGAGUCAAUGUCCAUUACUGAUCCGGACCAUUAUCGGCUUGAAAGAUACAAGCUUGCCAACGAUUUCACAUCGACUAGUAUACACCGCAACAGAAUCCGGAAAGCUUCUCGGCAUGCGUCAACUACUUCAUCCAGCACGGCCGAUAUCAACUUCGAAACGCCAAGGUACCGACAUUGCGCCUCCCCGCCCACCAUUUCUGGUCUUCACACAGACGGUCGACCGCGCGCAAGCAUUGUACAACGAGCUUCAAUAUGACAUUCCAGCCCAGGCGGGCGGUUCAUCCCGAGUGGCAGUACUCCAUGCUGCUCUGUCUCAACGCGCCCGAUCGACUGUUAUGGAGGGGUUUCGACAAGGGAAAAUAUGGGUCUUGGUCACUACGGACCUUCUGUCGCGUGGUGUGGAUUUUCGAGGAGUCAACGUGGUUGUAAACUACGAUAUCCCGACCACUGUUGCCGGGUAUGUUCAUCGCGCAGGGAGGACCGGGAGAGGUGGUAGAGAAGGAGGUGUCUGUGUCAGCUUCUACACUAAAGAGGAUAUUCAAUACGUGAAAGGCAUAGCGAACGUGAUUGCUGCCAGUCAGAAGACCAACGAGGACUCGCACGACGCCGAAAGUAAGGAUCUGGCUUCAUCCACGACGUCGGGGAUCCAGCCUUGGUUACUUCACGCUCUACCUAACGUCUCUAAAUCAGCAAGGAAAGACCUCAGAUUGCACGGUGUCAAGGCCCGUCGCGCUAUUCAUGCCGAUGAUGACGAGAAAACCAAACGGAUGAAGCGGAAGGCCAGGAUUGGGACACAGAGCGGUUACGAGAGAAGGGAAACGAACCGUAAGCGGGACGCUGUGAAAGAGAGUAUACGAGCAAAGAGGCAGGUGCACAGUCCGCAGGAGAAGGGAGAAUGGGAAGGCUUUGAGUAA